CGAACAUUAAAGGAGGCCCCUGGGGGAGUCCUCCAGUGUAAGUUUUCAAUUUUCAGGUAGGUACUACUGUACCUAAAAGGACUUGGACUCAAUUUCAGCUUAGGCUUAGGCUUAGUGUUAUCUGGCAAAGUCGACAUGGGAAAUUUAACCACAAUUUUCUAAACUACGACAGCCUCAUCAUCAUCACUAUCAACCAUCAAAACUCCUCGACCAACUUCAACCUUAACCCGCCCCUCCCAUCGCCGCCCCAUGUUGGCGUGUUAGAUCCCCGUACGAUUGACUUCCCUCUUAAUCUCAGCAAUUGCGAAUCUUUACUCCGAUAGCAAUUCGAUCUAUACGCCCUCGAUGGCCCGUGCCAAUUGCUGAUUUCAUUUCGUCCAUCACUCCUUUUUUUUUUUUCUUCUACGCCGCCUUCAACAUUUUUACACCGUCUUGGUUUGGGAGAUAACAUUAGUUCACCAUGGCGCGCCCUAUGGGGCCAGUCCGCCUAAGGAGGACAAAUUACGUUACUCUCUUCAUCGGCGCGAUAUUAUGUAUCUUUAUAAUCUACUUUCUCUCCCAUACCGGUUCGAGUUCGCAAACCGCUCACGUGAAUCGAGCCCCAACUCGCAAACCCGUCGCGAAGUCGAGUCUCAUCGGCGAGAGGCCACCUGUCCGACGUUUCAACCUUAACAAUGUUACGAUUACGACGGACCCGAUUGGCAACCGAGAGGCUGUCUUAAUUCUAACACCGAUGGCGCGCUUCUACCAAGAGUACUGGGACAAUUUAUUAAAAUUACAAUAUCCCCAUGACCUUAUCACACUAGGCUUUAUUUUACCUAAAAAUAAGGAGGGCAACGCUGCGACAACCGCAUUGCAGGCUCAAAUCACCAAGACGCAAACAGGAUCCGUGAAGGAUCGGUUUAGGAGCGUAAUUAUCGAGCGACAGGAUUUUGAUCCUCCACUAACGUCCCAAGAUGAGAGCGAAAGACAUAAGAUGGAGAAUCAAAAGACAAGACGCGCUUCUAUGUCUAGGGCACGAAAUUCACUACUCUUUACCACGCUGGGAGCCGAUACCUCGUGGGUAUUAUGGUUAGAUUCCGAUAUCAUUGAGACACCGCCGACUUUGAUACAAGACCUUGCUUCUCACGACAAACCUAUCAUCGUACCGAACUGCUACCAAAGAUAUAUCGAUACCGAAACGGGAAAGCUCGCAGAAAGGCCGUACGAUUUCAACAGUUGGCAAGAUAGUCCGACCGCACAGGAAAUUGCUGCUAAAAUGGGUGCGGAUGAUAUUAUUCUUGAAGGAUACUCUGAAAUGGCGACAUACCGAGCGUUAAUGGCGUAUAUGGCAGAAAAUGAGAGCGAGCUUAAGAUGGAGGUACCUUUAGAUGGUGUAGGUGGUACGGCGUUACUUGUCAAAGCGGACGUCCAUCGUGAUGGUGCUAUGUUCCCGCCAUUCCCGUUCUAUCACUUGAUCGAGACGGAAGGAUUCGCAAAAAUGGCGAGAAGGUUAGGCUGGCAAGCUACAGGAUUGCCCAAUUAUAAAGUUUAUCAUUACAACGAAUAAAAGACGGGGACUUAUCUAAAUACGGAUCGGAACGUUUUUUUGCCAUAACGAACCUUGUAAUCUGUCAUGAGUCUCGGAACAUUGCAUUUUGGAGAUGAGGAGUUUUGAACGCACCGUAUUGUUUGCGACGACGGAAGCAUUGCGAUAUUGAGACACCUAUAGCCGUGCCGUUACGGUUUGUGGUAAUGGGAGUGGUGGUCUUUCCUGUAGAUAUUUAUUACAGCAUCACAGGACGGGGAUCAUUUGUUUGUAAAAGUUACACAAGGCAAAGGGCCCUCCUAAAUGGGGUAUUGCAGCAAUACAAAGGAGUCCGGGCAGAGUUGCUUUAGGCGCUUUGGAAUGUUAAUCACAGUAGAAAAAAUGGGUUGUCCCCUUCUCAUGCUU